AUGGCCGAGUUCGUGCGCGCCCAAAUCUUCGGCACGACGUUCGAAAUUACAUCCAGAUAUUCUGACCUCCAACCCGUUGGUAUGGGAGCGUUUGGUUUGGUUUGCUCUGCACGAGAUCAGCUCACAAACCAAAAUGUCGCUGUCAAGAAGAUUAUGAAGCCGUUCAGCACUCCGGUUCUCGCAAAGCGAACAUACCGCGAGUUGAAGCUCUUGAAGCACCUCAAACACGAAAAUGUCAUUUCACUUAGUGACAUCUUCAUUUCUCCGUUGGAAGACAUCUACUUUGUCACCGAGCUUCUUGGAACAGAUUUACACCGCCUCUUGACCUCGCGACCACUUGAGAAACAGUUUAUCCAGUACUUUUUGUAUCAGAUCAUGAGAGGCCUGAAAUAUGUCCACUCGGCUGGUGUUGUCCAUCGUGACCUGAAACCUAGCAACAUUCUCGUCAAUGAAAACUGCGACUUGAAGAUUUGCGAUUUUGGACUCGCGCGAAUUCAAGACCCUCAAAUGACGGGUUACGUCUCGACACGAUAUUACCGAGCACCAGAAAUCAUGCUCACGUGGCAAAAAUAUGAUGUCGAAGUAGAUAUCUGGAGUGCAGGCUGCAUUUUCGCUGAGAUGCUGGAGGGCAAGCCGCUAUUCCCCGGCAAAGACCAUGUCAAUCAGUUCUCCAUCAUCACAGAGCUCUUGGGAACCCCGCCUGAUGACGUUAUUAAUACUAUUGCUAGUGAGAACACGCUACGUUUCGUCAAAUCUUUGCCCAAGCGAGAACGUCAGCCACUGAAGAACAAGUUUAAGAACGCUGACGCUCCUGCGAUCGAUUUGCUCGAGAAGAUGCUCGUCUUUGACCCCAAGAAACGGAUAACAGCUACCGAAGCUCUGGCGCAUGAAUAUCUUGCCCCAUAUCACGACCCGACCGACGAGCCUGUAGCCGAGGAAAAGUUUGAUUGGAGUUUCAACGACGCAGACCUACCCGUUGACACAUGGAAGAUCAUGAUGUAUUCUGAAAUUCUUGACUACCACAACGUGGAGGCCGGUGUUGCCACCAUGGAGGGUCAAGAGUUCAACGGGCAAUAG